CUUUUCUCACAUCCAACAGCGAAACAAAAUCUUAGUAAACACAACUCAACAAAAUCGCCUUAUCACAAAAAAGGAGAAAAUCAAAACACAUGACUAUGGGUCUGAAGUUCUUUACAUGCCUUGUUUUGACGGUGUGCAUUGCCGCAUCAGUAGAUGCAGCACUCACAUGUGGUACAGUGACAAGUAGCUUGGCUCCAUGUGCCACCUACCUAUCGAAAGGUGGGGCGGUGGUGCCGGGUCCAUGUUGUGCGGGAGUAAAAAAAUUGAAUGAUAUGGCUCAAACCACACCGGACCGGCAACAAGCAUGCAAAUGCCUAAAGGCCGCUGCAAAGAGCAUCAAUCCAAGUCUAGCCUCCGGCCUUCCUGGAAAGUGCAGUGUUAGCAUUCCCUAUCCUAUCUCCAUGAGCACCAACUGCGACAAUGUCAAAUGAAGUGGGACGCAUAUCAUUGUGUGGAUGAUGAGUAUGGUUUACAAUAAGUAAAAUAAAAGGGUCUAUGUACGCUGACCUCACCAUGCUCUAGGUUGUCUUGUUUGAUUUCUUUUGUUGUUGAAAGUUUGUCAUGUUACUUUGUAAUCUUUUGGUCUAGAUAUUGUAUCUUAAUUAUGUUUAAGAUAUGACAAUAGUAACUUAUGAAUCAUCUUUUA